UUGGUGCGGGAGCGUGUCCGCCCCAGGCAGUGCCCCUAGCACGGUCGCCCCUCUGGUGCCGGGGGCUGAGCGGUGCCUUCGUCCUCUCGGGAGCCCGCUGCGGUGAGCAGCUCCCUUGUGGGGUCGAGACGGUAAGGGAGGCGCGCCUGUCGCUCUGGCGGGGCGGGUGCCGCCUCACCGCGGCCGUCCUCGCCGCGUGCCGCGGGGACUGGCUUGGCCAGGCGCGCGCCGCGUGUCCCUCCUUCGCCGGGUUGCACGCGGGCGUUGGAGCGACCGCGGCGGCCCGGUGACGCGAAGGGGGCCGUCCGGCUUUCCGGACAACCUCUGACCCCGCCCCCGACCCCGGGGCGGACGGAGGAGCCUGAGGCUGCGCAGGCUUUGCCCGGCCCUGACCGUGAACGCGCACGUGGGCCCCACGCUUACCCAUGACGCCCCUCAUUCACGCCCGGCCGGAGCUGCUUUGGACGGUCACCUUGUGAUGUGCAUGACUGUGUUGAGUAAGAAGAAGGAGAAAUGACAGAAGAGCGCAGAGGGGUCCUCUCUCAUCUGAGACAGCACUUUUCAAGUAGCCAUUCCACACAUUUCCACAUACAUCUUCUUGGUCUUAUCGUCUUUUAAAAAAUGCACCGGGAAAAAAAUGGUCUCUUCUCUUCACAUGCUUUGAAUGGAUUUAACCCUCCUCAUUUGUCUCCUGACUUUGAGCUGCAAAACAAAGGACAUGGAAGACCAAGGGACAGAGCCACAGAGGAUACGUAGAGAAAGCCUGAACAGAAAAUGGGUUUUUGGAAGAAACGUCACGUAGCAUGGACCGUAAACAUUCAAGAAGUCUCACUUUCCAGGGAGUCUUUCGUGAUCGUGUAGAAAUGUUGCUCUCGGCACAGACCUUUGUGGGACAGGUGUUGGUGAUCCUUGUCUUUGUCCUAAGCAUUGGGUCUCUUAUAAUCUAUUUCAUCAACUCCACUGACCCUUUUGGAAGCUGUUCUUCAUACCAAGACAAAACCAUCCCGAUUGAUUUGACUUUCAAUGCUUUCUUUAGUUUCUAUUUUGGAUUGAGACUUUUGGCAGCUGACGACAAGGUCAAGUUCUGGUUGGACAUGAAUUCGAUCGUAGACAUCUUUACCAUUCCGCCAACCUUCAUUUCUUAUUAUUUGAAGAGUAAUUGGCUAGGUUUAAGGUUCUUAAGAGCAUUGCGGCUGCUGGAACUCCCUCAAAUCUUGCAAAUUCUGAGAGCCAUCAGGACCAGCAAUUCAGUGAAGUUUUCCAAGCUGUUAUCCAUCGUUCUGAGUACCUUGUUCACUGCUGCAGGAUUCAUUCACCUGGUGGAAAAUUCUGGUGAUCCCUGGCUCAAAGGUAGAAAUUCACAGAAUAUUUCAUAUUUUGAGUCCAUUUACCUGGUCAUGGCAACGACGUCGACUGUCGGCUUUGGAGAUGUGGUAGCCAAGACAUCCCUAGGACGGACCUUCAUCAUGUUCUUCACCCUGGGGAGUUUGGUUCUGUUUGCCAACUACGUUCCUGAAAUGGUGGAACUUUUUGGUAACAAGAGGAAAUACACCAGUUCCUAUGAAGUGGCCAAAGGAAAGAAGUUCAUUGUGGUCUGUGGAAACAUCACUGUGGACAGUGUGACGGCUUUCCUGAGGAAUUUUCUCCGCCAUAAGGCAGGGGAGGUCAAUACUGAGAUUGUUUUCCUGGGAGAGGUUCCUCCUUCUUUGGAAUUGGAAACCAUAUUUAAGUGCUACAUGGCCUAUACAACUUUUGUUUCUGGAUCUGCACUGAAGUGGGAGGAUCUGAGGCGAGUUGCGGUGGCCUCUGCCGAAGCAUGCCUGAUCAUAGCCGACCCUCUGUGCAGUGAUUCACAUGCUGAAGACACUUCAAACAUUAUGAGGGUGCUCUCUAUCAAGAGCUAUUACCCUAAUACCAGAAUCAUCAUACAGAUACUUCAGUCCCAUAACAAGGUGUUUCUGCCAAAGAUCGCCAGCUGGAACUGGAAUACCGGAGACGACAUCGUCUGCCUUGCUGAAUUAAAGCUCGGGCUUAUCGCCCAAGGCUGUUUGGUGCCAGGCUUGUGUACCUUUCUAACAUCUCUAUUUACUGAGCAAAACAAGAAGAUCCGCCCUAAAGAGCCCUGGCAGAGACAUUUCUUUAGCGGCCUGAAGAACAGAGUCCUGACUCAACGCCUCUCUGAUGACUUUGCUGGAAUGAGCUUUCCUGAUGUUUGCCGGCUCUGCUUCGUGAAGAUGCACCUCAUGCUGAUAGCCAUCGAACACAAGUCCGUGUGUCACGGUUACUGUGGGCUGAUACUAAAUCCACCUGCUCAAGUUAAGCUCCGUAAGAACACACCAGGGUUCUUUAUUGCUGAAUCUGCAAAGGAUGUCAAAAGAGCCUUCUUUUACUGUGCCGUCUGUCACAGUGAUGUGUAUACUCCCGAGCUAAUUGGAAAAUGUAGCUGCAAAAGCAAGAAUCCUCGACACAAGACAGGGACAACAGUCACGGUGAUGAGAAACAACGGAAGGGAACACUCUGGUCCAAAAACACAGGACUCCUGCCCAGCGACACAUAUGAGCAUGGCUAGCAACUUGAGCUUGACCACCAGGUAA